AUGAGGGGUGCCGGUACCGCCGCUGCCAGCGCCUGCAUAGCACAGCUCCCUCCGCACGGCCCCGUGCUCCGGCAGCACGGCCAGGAUGUGCCGGCAGGGCAGUUGGCGCGGAAGCGCUCCUUGAAGUCCCGGAAGCUGAGGAAGCGGGCGCCCAAUUCCGCGGCGGGACCCCUUCGGUCCUCUCGGUCUCUCCGGGACCCGUCCCGACCAUCCGCCGCCGUUAAACCGUGGGGCACCGCCCACGCCCUGAUCGUGGCCAGUCAGCGCCGUUCUCUCCGGAUUGACAGGAGGCGAGCCAACCAGCACAGAGCAUCCUGCUCCCGCCCUCUGACUGACAGCUCUGCCAUCCAAUCAUCUGGCGGUGCGCGCCGCGCGGGCGGGCGGAAGUUGCCGCCGUCGGGGCCGCCGGUCUCGGAGGCGAUGGAGGCUGCGGGCGGCACCGGCGGGGCGGGCGCGGGGCCGGGGCGGCCGCCGCCGCCUCCCGGGGACCUGCGCAGCGUGCUGAUCACCAGCGUGCUGAACUUGGAGCGGCUGGAGGUCGACCUCUUCAGGGGCCGGCACCACUGGGUGCCCGCCACGCAGCGCCUCUUCGGCGGGCAGAUCGUGGGGCAGGCGCUGGUGGCGGCCGCCCGCGCCGUGAGCCGCGACGAGCAGGUGCACUCGCUGCACUGCUACUUCGUGCGGACAGGGGACCCCAAGGUGCCGGUGCUGUACGAGGUGGAGAGGACUCGUACAGGGAAGAGCUUCUCCGUUCGCUCUGUGAAGGCCAUCCAGCACGGAAAGCCGAUCUUCACCUGCCAGGCCUCCUUCCAGCUCUCCCAGGGGAGCCCGGUGCAGCACCAGUUCACCAUGCCCACCGUGCCGCCCCCCGAGGAGCUGCUGACACAGGAGGAGCUCAUCCAGAAGUUCCUGCAGAAUCCUAACCUGGCUGAGAGAUACAGGAAACAUCUCAACAAGAUCCAAGCCGAAGAUGUGCCAAUUGAUAUUAAACCUGUGAACCCACCAGAUAUAUUCAGCUCAGAGCCACAGGAGCCAAAGCAGCUCUUCUGGGUGCGAGCACGAGGCUACAUAGGGGAGACAGACAUGAAGGUGCACUGCUGUGUGGCCGCCUACAUCUCCGACUAUGCUUUCCUGGGCACGGCCCUGCUCCCGCACCGGCAGUACCACAUCAAGUUCAUGGUGUCCCUCGACCAUUCCAUGUGGUUCCACGCGCCCUUCCGAGCUGACCACUGGAUGCUCUAUGAGUGCGAGAGCCCCUGGGCUGGCGGGUGCCGGGGCCUGGUGCAGGGACGGCUGUGGCGCAGGGAUGGGGUCCUGGCUGUCACCUGUGCACAAGAAGGAGUCAUCAGGGUGGAACAGAGACCAAACCAGAGCAAGCUGUAGCUGAGGAGUCACAAGCUGGGGCUCAAGCAUGCCAAGCAAAGGACCCUGGGAUCAAGACAGGACCUGGACAGCAGCAGGAAGGAGACUGGGCUGGAUCCAGCCCAGUGGGGAGUCCAAGUGCCAGAGGUGUCUGCGACGGACGGUGACCCACAGAGCAUCAGUGUGACCAACUGGGUGCCAUCAGCCACCCUUCACCCACUUAAAAUAAAGCUGUUGGGUGAAGAGCUGGACUCUCUGCCUGGAGUUUGUCCCCUUGGAUCUGUGACUGUGCUUGCCCAAGGGCGGGCAGCAGUGGAGUAAUGGGGGAC